CCUCAAACAAGUGAGAGAGAUAUACACAGACCCUUCAAAUUGUAUCCCCAAUUCUGAACCCGCCGCCACUCAUCGUCAGCCUCUCUCUCUCUCUCACCACCGCACCACCCCACCCCACCCCACACCGGCCGAAAUGAAUCCCCAACCAUUCAAUUCAUCUUCUCUAGAAUCUCUACUUUUCGCCGCCAUUGUCAACGCGCCACCCCAUCAGCUGAAAUAAAAGCAAAUCAAGUCGUCAAUUGAUUUUUUCAGAGCUCUUUCUCUAGCUCGGCUCAACGAGCCUUUUACAAGCCGAGCUCGAGCUCGUUUACAGCUCAAACUAGGGCUAUUUGCGGCUGCAGCAACCGAGGGAACGAAGCGUUCAUUUUGAGAGGUUUUGAUUUUGAAGAUGGAUCGACUCAGUGAGUUGCCCGACUCUGUUAUAUUUCACAUAUUUUGGUUCUUGCCUAUUUGGGAUGUUGUUAGGACAACAAUUCUAUCGAAGCGCUGGAAAAACCUUUGGACCAUUACUCCCUGUCUUAAUAUAACUAAGUAUCGUACUUAUGAUUCUGAUACUAGGAAAAAAAAAUUAGUCACUGUUCAUCGGGCUUUAUUACGCUGGGAUGGGGUAAAGGUUCUGAAAUUCAAGGUUAAAUUGUAUCAUGCGCUUUCAGCAUAUGGGGAUGCUGAUUUGUGGGUGCGGUUUGCCAAGAAACAUGAAGUCGAAGAAUUAUACUUGCAUUGGGUGGAUUUUGACAUACCAAGGAAUCGUGAUGAAGAUCACAAAGCACAUUGGGUGCCGCAGUAUCUGUACUCAUGCUCAUCGCUUAAAGUGUUAUCGAUCAAGAAUUGUUACUUUAGAAUUAAGGAGAAUGUGCAGUGGAGUCAACUCAAGAGUUUAACAAUCAAGAAUGGUUUUGGGGUCACUGAACAUGUGAUUGGUCAAAUGUUACGUGGUAGCCCUCAGUUGGAAGUCCUAAGCAUGUCUUUUGUAGAAAGAGGUGAAAGCAUGUCCAUCCGAUCUACUAGUUUGAAAGAGCUGUCGAUUGACAAGCAUGGUUUAGAUGAACAUGAUUUACCUAAUGAUGCAUCUCCUUAUACGACUGAGCUGAGAAUUUUGACACCAAAUCUUGAAACCUUAGAAAUUAAAGGAAUUCCAUAUAGCAGGUGUUUGUUGAUGAAUGUCUCAUCUUUAACCCAUGCAACUAUUGGGUAUUCUAAUCAUUGGAGUGAUGACACAUGUGUUGCCCACUUUCAUGAAGGUUUAUUUGGUCAAAUUCUUCCAAGCAUCCAACACGUUGAAAACGUCAAAUUACUUCCCUGCUGCAUCAAGGAACUUGGAGCUAUGAUAGAGGGAUGCAUGAAUUCAUCUUCUCCUAAUGUCAAGCUCUUACGGUUCAGAUGUCAUUGCUCUAAAUAUACAAGUAGAGUUGAGAUUUCCCCUCUAUUAAAGAAGUUAGUCAUUAAACUUGUAUUAUUGAUGGACAUAUUGGGCAAGUCCAACUUUAAUGACGUAUAUGCAAGCCAAGAUACACCGUGGGUAUCAGAUACUGAGAUCUACGACGAGUUGAAAGAAAAACUCCCUAUGUCCUUUGUGCUACAGUUGAGGACAGUUGAGGUUACUUUGGUUGAGGCUGACAACAUAUUUCCAUUUCUAGAGUUUCUGUUGAAAAAUGCGAGUAAACUAGAAAAGAUUGUGUUCCGAGUUAAAGAAAUCAAGCGACCUUCACGCCCAGUGAAUUGUUUGCUUCGUGCCGCACAGAAGCUGCUUAAAAUGCCAAGAUCCUCGCGAACUGCACAGUUCACUUUCAGUGAAUAUUGAUCUUACCAAGUUACCUCUUCAAUCAUAGAGGAAUGCAGCAUGGUUCGUGGUAACUGAUAGUCUUCUUAGAUGGGUAAUAUCUUCUUUUACAUAUUUUGUAAAUAGUUUGCAAUGACAGCAUUAUGCCCUGAGCUUGAUGAUAUCCUUUAACUUCGUCCAACUUCUUGUCAUAUUUCAAUUUUUCUUUCCUCUGUUUGUUUCGUUUUGGGGAUAAUAUUUGCUUAUUAAGUUCACUUUUGAAUUA